AUGGGCGCAGUUUUCGAACCUUGGAAGUAUGGGUCGCAUCAUUUGUUGAACGAUUCCAACAAGGGUUGCACACCAUUGAGCAAGUAUGACUGCCUAACCCUUUAUUUCUUCAAAGAUUAUGAGCCCAAUUUAUGGUACACCGCUUCUUCGAAGUAUGGAUCGCGUCAUUCGUUGAACGUUUCCGACAAGGGUUGCACACAAUUGAGCAAGUAUGACCGCUCUUCCUCAACGUCCGCCACAUCUAACCAAAUUAACAGUCAGCAACCAGGAAACAUUCCGCUCAUAAUUGUCUUGACUUCGCCUGCUAGAAGUUUCUCUGAGCCAGGAAACUGCUCCUCGUCUUUGUUUGUGGGAAGCCAUUACUACAGUCUCUUUCCAACUAGUCUCUUGCAUACCGCCGCCCACGACAGCCCCCGGCGGAGCGUCCAGUCCCGCGAUUCCCAGCGCCUUCCAGUAUUCCACCCACUCAACCAUCGAGUAGGAGAUAGCCCCGCCACCAACUCCACUACUCGGCGGAAUUCAGGUGAGGAAGCUAUGCUUGCAACUCCCUAUGAACUGGAACUAACCGCCACGAAAACGAUUGCUCGGCGGAAAGCACUCGCGGACCCAAACCGCUGUACCUCCCCAAACCUUUUCCCAGCAUUCAUUGCCUCCGCCGGAGAUCUCAGUAGUCAGCGGGGAUCGGACUUCGCCAUGGCUCCCUGCUUACCGUGCGGAUUACCCGCCGACUAUCGACGAACAGGCGGUCAACCUGCGAAUUCUCAAGAUGACGAUGACGCUGGUUGUUGCUCUUUUCUAUCUUGGUGUCGGAAGAAAACACCCGGCCGCCAAUCACCGCCUCCGCGGCGGGACAUUGAAGUUGAAGCCGGCCUCUCUGACGUACGGCUGGAGCAUCAUGUCGCUGGGUAUGGGCACGACGUAAGCCUAUACGGCCACAGGGUACAAGACAAUAUUGCUCAUCAAAGCCGAAGGCACCAACUAAGACUAAAGCUCCUCGACCUCGGCGCCGGCCUCUUGAAGACCGUGGUGGGGUUUGGUACGUUGAUUGCUGUCGUCAAGACUGUCGGGCCUGAGUUGAAUAAGGGUGGCGCCGCAGCAGCAAAUGCAGUUGAUAAAGGCAAUGUUCCGUUCGUGACCGAUUCCGCUGGGCGCGGCGAGCAAUGGCGGACAACUGCGCUCCACGAGCACUUUUUGUUUGUGAUUCUCCCGCCAAUUGUCCUGGCCGUGGCGGCCCUCAUCACAAUCGCCCUUCAUUUCUGUCGACGAUGUAGACCAUCCCGCCUAUCCGCCAUGGUUACGGCCCCCGGCGGGUCUAAGGGGGGUUUGCUUUCUGAAGUCGUCUGAAGUCUCCGCGAUGGGGUUUCGUCCGCCAGCAUCAUUGACUUGAGGCGGACGGUGUCCCGGUCCAAUUUUUUUUUCGUCCUUGUUUUAAGGCGUAGUCUCUUUAACGGCGCGUUCGAUAUUGGUAUUGCUCGGUAUUGCUCCUUUCGCUUGGGGCAGG